CAAACAUGGCGAUUCAGUCGCUGUUUACGGUAAAUGCAUAUGGCUCACAGUCCUUGUGUUUGAUUAAUUAAACAGUGUAAUUGAUUUUGUGACGGUGAUGAGUGCUCGUGCCAUUGGGAAUAGACGUAUUUUGCAUAAUAUUACAAAUAUGGAGGAGCAUGAAGAUGAAUUAAGUGGUGAAAAAACUUCGGGCGGCGUUGACGAGCUCGGUGACGAAAAAGGCGUACAGGCGGAUCCGACGCUGAGCGCGGCAUCGACAACCGUUUCCUCGACAUCGAAGACAGUGCCGCUCUCUGCCGGUGAAAAUACUGAUUCCAGGUGUCAAAUAGACGACAGCUAUAGACAUAAACCAUUUGUGAGAAGAUGUGGCAAAUUUGAGAGCGGAAGCGGUAGUGGAGAUCAAGAUGGAAUGCACACCGAGGAUGGAGUUGAUAUUGCGGCAAAAAAACGAAAAACACGUCGCGGUAAACCAAAACAUCGAAAAUUAAAGCCCUAUUCAAAGCAACAUCUCUCCUAUCAGCAGAGAAUUCGCAAUCGAAUUGGAAGGCCAACAAAAACAGGACGACAACCACCAGCACCUUAUAAUUCAAAUCAAUUUUUAAUUGAGGACCACAACGAUCUUCCUGAUUUAGAACAAAAAUUAGCAAGUGCCAGUGCCUCUGAUAUACCGCGAUCAUUUCAAAAACCCACAGCGGCAUCGCGUACUCGCGAUUCAAGUUUUAGCAUUGAUUCAGAUGAAGAUUUCUUUUAUUCAUCGCCCGAGGAUGAGGAGGAAUUUCUCACUAAAGAAUUCAAAACCGCCUAUGAGGAUCUUCAUGCCGAAAGACUUGGAUCAAUGACAAAAGCACAACUAAUUCAGGAAUAUAUACAACUUGAGGCGAAAGUUGAUCUUUUAACAAAACGAUUGAGAGCGAAAAAUUUACAUGCAAACGAUGAUAAAGAUUGUGAAUCAUCGAAAAAUGGAGGCGGUGAAUUGGAAGCGUCGAAAAAAUUAAAAAAUUUUCAACAACGAAUCGAUGAUCUUAUUCAACAGAAUGAACAAUUAAAAAGGGAAAAUGAAUCAUUGCGUGGACAACAGAGGCACAAAAGUGUGAGCAUUGAUAGCGAGAGUGAUAGCGAUAGUUCAAGUAAUGAGAAUCAAAGUACAAGAGGUGGGAAUGGAUCGCAAAGAAGUCCUGGAUCAUCACCAGUUCCUGUUUCAUAUCAGGGACGACUUGACAAAAAUCAUAGACAAAACAGCUCAAUAUCGAGUGUCGAUAGCGAAAGUGAUAGCAGCAGUAGCAAUGAGAGUGGUCCAAAUGAUGUCAAUAAUGCAAGUCCAAAAUCACCUGUGGAAAUUACAAACGGUCAUGCGGCUAUUCAUGAAAUUGAAGGUCUACCUUCUUAAAUCAUCUUGCGAUAUAUUUUUUUCUAUUUCUGUGCGCUUGAAAAUGAACAAUUCUGCUAUGCAGAGAGGAAAAAAAGAACAUUAUUUUGCUUGCAGAAAAAAAUAUUUAAAAAAAAAAUUUGAGAAAUGAAACUGGCAAAAGAUUCUGUAUUUGGAUCUUGAAAACAUUUAUUCUUAAUCUGUACUUUAACUUCUUUUUAGAAAAGAAUCUUAUAAGAUGAGAAAAUUGGAAACAUCGCAGAAAAUUUUUCUUUUGUUUCGGAAAAAUCUAAAUUUUUUAUGUUAGGAUCAAUCCAUUAUAUUUCGAUCGUAAAUAAUUGUAAAAAUUGACUUUAAAAUUCAUUUUAAAAAAAUUAGCAAAUCAUUUUGUGUGAAAUAUAAUCGAUUGAGUCUAAUAGAAAAUUUUUAUUUUUACAUAUUUUCAAUCAAUUAUUUUUUCAAUAUUGAAAAAUUGUUGCAUUUCACACAUGAAAGUAAUUUUAAACUUAAAGAAAAGAUAAAUAGUUUUUCUGUGAAGUCGCCAUGUAAUUUUAAAUUUGAGUGUCUCUUACUGCUAAAGGUAUCGAAAGGAGAAACAAAUGUGCAACUUCUUUUUAAAAAAAACAACAAAAAAAAAAAACGAAA